AUGGAGGUUGAGAGGUUGCAGAUGCUACAAAAUUUUGCUGCAGAAGGAAACGUGGAUGCUUUAUUUUCAGUACUUGAAGAGGAUCCCUAUGUUUUGGAGCGUAUUGAACAAAUACCAUUUGUGACUACUCCCUUACACACAGCUGCAAGUGAGGGAAAUAUCUAUUUCGCCAAGGAAAUACUAAACUUAAAGCCUUCAUUUGCUGGGAAGCGAGACCUCUUGGGCCAUGACAGUGAGCUUGUCCGUGUUAAAGCAAAGGGGAUGAUUACUCCUUUGCACUAUGUAGCUCAAAUAGACGACGAAUCCAAUUUGGCUGAUUUUUUGUAUGUUUGUCCAUCAUCAAUCGAAGAUUUGACUGUUAAAGGUGAAAUAGUUGUCUAUGUUGCCCUCACAAAAGGGAGUCUCAAGGCCUUUAAAGUCUUGUUAGGAUUUCUUCGAUGCUUCGACAAAGAAGGGAUUCUAAACUGGGAGGACGAAGAAGAAAACAAUGCAUUGCAUACUACAGUAUCUGCAAAUCAACCUGAGAUAUAUAUAUAA